CAGCAUGUCAUGCUGGUAGUCGAUGUAAAACUUUUUGAGGUUAAGCUAAACCGGCAAAAAAGAUUUAUGUUGUCAAACUAUUUCUAAUUUUGGUUAAGCAAAUUUAAAUCAUUGCUAAUUUCCCGUCUCCCAUUUCAAUAAAACACGAUGUCAAAGAGAGCAAGCAACUCAAGAAGUUCAUCAACAAAGAAGCCCCGCUUGGAUGAAUUAGACGAUGAUUGGGGCGAUGAUUUAGACGAUGAUAUUAUUGAUGAUUGCCUCAAACGGGCAACUCAAGUGUGUAAAUCAGAACACGAUGUCACUCUGUUGACUUCAUACAGCGUUUUUAAAAAUCCUGAGAAUAUGUUUACGUCCACACAACAAAAUACCGCGGACCCGUGUACUUUAGAAGAAAGAAUAAAGCAAUUACAGGAGAAGUUUGCAGAGAAAGAAGGAGAAAUUUCAAUUUUGAGGAGCAAUUUACAACAAGUGAGAGCGUCCACACAAGUAGAUCAAGAAAGGAAGCAGAAGGAGUGGAGAGAUAAGUUUUGCGGACUGGAAAAGGAAAAUAAAUCCAUUAAAAGUGAAUUAGAGUUUAAGAAUCUCGAAGUUGCAAAUCUUAAACAACAAAUAGCAGAACUUUCGAAAUUGAUUAAUAAAGAGCAAAGCUUUACAGAAAAAUCUAAGACAACUGUUGCAAGUCCUAAAAAAAAUGUAAAGGAAACGUCCAGUGAAAAUUCCAAAAUUCAUAUAAAUACAGUUGAAUUUUACCCAUUAAAAAGUUUCACUUUUUCAUUUUUACAAAAGCGUCCAAAAGUGGAAAACAGUACCAGUCUGAAUAAAAAAUUAAAAGACUACGACUUGUGUUCCAUUUAUGUCGAGUUAUUAGCUUUAGUCAACCUUUCACACAAUGAAUUAGAUUCCGAAGUAGGUGCAAACUACGUGAACAAGGUUGUAGAAUUUUCCUUUCAGCAAUUAAAAAAUUUUCAUAUAUGUAUGAACCAAAAUGAAGGAAGUCAUUUACAGGAUGUGUCAGAAUUGGAUGAACUCUAUUUGCAGACUAGCAGCUUAAAUAUGUUGAACGAAUCGGCCGAAAAAUGCGGCGAAAUAAUUAAAUUUCUGGCAGAGGUGGUACCAUUUAGUACCCAUUUAACGAGAUAUUUGCAAUCAGAUCCAUCUCCAAAUUCAAAAAUUAACAUAAGUGGAAAAUUUGCAGAUAUUCCAGCAUCUCAAUAUUUGCUGUUGCUCUUGGAGCUCAUUUCUACGAUCGGAAAUAAUAAGACCGAAAAAACGUUCACAAUUUUUUUAAGUGCGGCGGUACGGCUGUUGUGUCGACUUGGCUGUGACGACAGAUGUUGCUUGUCAAUUUUUUAUGACACAAUUACCCAAAAGCUACUUUCUUUGAACCCUGAUGUUGAGAUCAUCGUUGAUAUUACUUUAUUUCUUAAGAUUGUAACAAGAAACUCAAAUUUUGUUGUUUCGCUGUGUUCUAAGUCCAGUGGGGAAGAAAAAUUAACUGAAAGCGUUUGUAGGUUUCAUACAUUUAUGGUUCUGUUAGAAAAUAACUUACAGGAAAUAAGAGACAAAAAAAUGCUUCCACUUGUGGUUUCAAAUGUUGUUGGGUUCAUUUAUAAUAUUUUUAGAGCCGACAAUUCGUUGUUAUAUCAGGAGACAAAAACCUGCCAGUGUUUAUCACAAUUGUAUAAGUUAGGCAUUGGGAUUAUUUAUAAAAGUUUGAAAAUAAAUCGGAGGAAUCCCGCUGAAACGAAAUCAAUUUGUAAAAAAAGUAUGAGGAUAUUAAGCUUGAUAAGUUUCAACUUUUACGAAUUGACGCAAAAAUAUGUUAAAGAGUUCGCUCAAUUCAAAGAAAUCCUGACUAUAUUAAGUGAAACUUGUGACCAAGAAGACAUUGCGAAUCUUAAAAAUUUGGAAAAGCUGAGUUUAGCUGAAGAGCUUCCAGAAGUGAAUGUUGAAAAAUUCCUAGACGUCGAAUUAUAAAAUACUUGUUUAAAUAAAAUUCAUUUUCUAA